CAGUAGCAUAAGUGAUUGGAUUACAACUCUGACACAUUGCAGCAAAAGUGAUGUUAAAACAAUUUGAAUGUAUUGGAGCAUGGCUACUUCUUGAAAUUCAAAAGUUCAAGGAAAUUAUUGUUUAUCAAAACCUACUGAAUAUCAGUAUUUUCUGGACAUCCUGCAUUUAACUGUGUCCUUAAAUGUCCAUGAUUAAGAUCUCAUGCAACUAUUGUAUAUUUUGGAGACUAUUCUCCAAAAGAGAACUGUGCAUUUAAAAAGUAGAAAUGACUGUGUUUUUUCUUGGAACUUACUAAGGUUGAACAUACUGAAAGAUCAUGACCAGCUUGAAGCGGUCCCAGACUGAAAGGGCUGUUGCCACUGGGGUAUCAGUCGGAACAGAUGGCACCUCAAAAGUCCACUCGGAUGACUUUUAUAUGAGGCGCUUUAGGUCACAGAAUGGCAGCUUGGGAUCUGCAGUCAUGGCGCCAGUUGGACCUCCUCGCAAUGAAACUUCCCAUCAUGUUACCUCUACUCCUGGAGUCCCUAAAAUGGGGGUCAGGGCAAGGAUUGCUGAUUGGCCCCCAAGGAAGGAGAACAUCAAGGAAACAAGCAGAUCUAGUCAAGAUAUUGAAACUUCAAGUUGCCUUGAAAGCAUGUCUUCCAAAAGCAGUCCUGGGAGUCAGGGAAGCUCUGUUAACCUGAAUGCUAGUGAUUCUGUCAUGUUAAAGAGCAUCCAGAGCACACUUAAAAACAAGACCAGACAAUCUGAGAAUCUAGACUCCAGGUUUCUUACACCUGAUGGCUAUCCCAGUUCCCCAAGGAAAGCUCUUCGCAGAAUAAGACAGCGCAGCAACAGUGACAUUACCAUAAGUGAGCUUGAUGUGGAUAGUUUUGAUGAAUGUAUUUCACCCACUUUUAAAUCUGGGCCAUCUCUGCACAGGGAGUAUGGCAGCACAUCUUCCAUAGAUAAGCAGGGAACUUCAGGGGAAAGUUUUUUCGACUUAUUGAAGGGCUAUAAAGAUGAAAAGUCUGAUCAGAGAAGCCCAGCCACAACUAAGCUUAGUGAACUCCUGAUUGCCAGUGGAAGCAAGGGUUCAGGAUUCUCUCUAGAUGUGAUAGAUGGACCUAUUACUCAAAGGGAAAACCUGAGACUCUUUAAAGAAAGGGAGAAGCCACUCAAGAGACGCUCAAAAUCGGAGACAGGAGAUUCGUCUAUUUUUCGUAAGCUGCGCAAUGCCAGAGGUGAAGGGGAGCUUGGGAAGUCUUCAGAUCUUGAAGAUAACAGGUCAGAAGAUAGUGUCAAGCCUUGGACUUGUCCAAAGUGUUUUGCUCAUUAUGAUGUACAGAGUAUUUUAUUUGAUUUAAAUGAAGCAGCAAUCAACAGGCAUAAUGUUAUUAAAAGAAGGAACACAACCACAGGUGCAUCUGCUGCUGCUGUAGCAUCACUUGUCUCUGGACCCUUGUCCCAUUCUGCAAGUUUCAACUCUCCAAUGGGCAGCACUGAAGACCUGAAUUCAAAAGGAAGUCUCAAUAUGGAUCAGGGGGAUGAUAAAAGCAAUGAACUUGUGAUGAGUUGUCCUUAUUUUCGUAAUGAGAUUGGUGGGGAAGGGGAGAGGAAGAUCAGCCUUUCCAAAUCUAAUUCAGGUUCCUUCAGUGGAUUUGAAAGUGCCUCGUUUGAGUCGACUCUGAGUUCUCAUUGCACGAAUGCCGGAGUAGCAGUUCUGGAAGUUCCCAAGGAGAAUCUGAUUUUACAUUUAGACAGAGUAAAAAGAUACAUCGUUGAACACGUAGACCUUGGUGCAUAUUAUUAUCGAAAAUUCUUCUAUCAGAAAGAACACUGGAACUACUUUGGGGCAGAUGAGAACCUGGGUCCAGUAGCUGUGAGUAUAAGAAGAGAAAAGCCAGAGGAAAUAAAAGAAAAUGGACCUCAAUACAACUACCGGAUCAUAUUCAGAACCAGUGAGCUUAUGACAUUAAGAGGCUCUGUGCUGGAAGAUGCUAUCCCUUCAACUGCAAAGCAUUGCACAGCCAGGGGACUCCCCCUAAAAGAAGUGCUGGAGUAUGUGGUUCCUGAGCUAAAUAUCCAUUGCCUAAGGCUGGCCUUCAACACCCCAAAAGUCACAGAACAGCUCAUGAAGCUGGAUGAACAAGGGUUAAGCUACCAACUUAAGGUGGGUAUUAUGUACUGCAAAGCUGGGCAAAGCACAGAAGAGGAAAUGUAUAAUAAUGAAUCAGCAGGUCCAGCCUUUGAAGAAUUUCUUCAGCUCUUGGGAGAACGAGUUCGACUCAAGGGAUUUGAAAAGUAUCGUGCUCAGCUGGAUACAAAGACUGAUUCAACAGGUACUCACUCUCUAUACACAACAUACAAGGACUAUGAAAUCAUGUUCCAUGUUUCUACUAUGUUGCCAUAUACUCCAAACAACAAGCAACAGCUUCUGAGAAAACGACAUAUUGGAAAUGAUAUUGUUACGAUAGUUUUCCAGGAGCCUGGAGCACAACCUUUCAGCCCAAAGAACAUACGAUCCCAUUUCCAGCAUGUCUUUGUCAUUGUAAGAGUGCAUGGGCCCUGCACGGACAGUGUUUGUUACAGUGUUGCUGUGACAAGAUCCAGAGAUGUACCAUCCUUUGGACCACCUAUUCCAAAAGGCGUCACGUUUCCAAAAUCAAAUGUGUUCAGGGACUUCUUACUAGCCAAAGUCAUUAAUGCAGAGAAUGCUGCUCAUAAAUCAGAAAAGUUUCGUGCGAUGGCCACCAGGACCCGUCAAGAGUACUUGAAAGACUUGGCAGAGAAGAAUGUCACCAACACACCUAUUGACCCUUCUGGCAAGUUCCCCUUCAUCUCACUUGCUUCAAAAAAGAAAGAGAAGUCCAAGCCUUAUCCAGGAGCAGAGAUCUAUAGUUCUGGUGCUAUUGUAUGGAGUGUCCACGCAAAAGACUAUAGCAAGGGUAUGGAAAUAGACUGUCUCCUAGGCAUCUCUAAUGAGUUUGUAGUCCUCAUUGAACAGGACUCGAAAAGCGUGGUGUUCAAUUGCUCCUGUCGAGAUGUAAUAGGGUGGACUUCAACGGACACAAAUAUCAAAAUAUUCUAUGAGAGAGGUGAAUGUGUUUCUUUGGAGAGCUUCAUCAGCAACAUUGAUGAUAUCAAAGAGAUCGUCAAAAGGCUGGAGCUUGUGACUAAGGGCUGUGAAACAGUGGAGAUGACUCUGCGUAGGAAUGGUCUGGGUCAGCUUGGUUUCCAUGUAAACUAUGAAGGCAUUGUGGCAGAUGUUGAACCCUACGGCUAUGCAUGGCAGGCAGGACUGCGACAAGGCAGCCGACUGGUGGAAAUCUGUAAGGUGGCUGUAGCCACUCUGAGCCAUGAGCAAAUGAUUGAUCUUCUGAGAACAUCAGUUACAGUGAAGGUUGUUAUCGUCCCUCCAUAUGAGGACUGCACACCACGCAGGAGUUCUUCAGAAAACUACCGUAUGCCAGUGAUGGAAUACAAAAUGAGUGAAGGAAUGUCGUAUGAAUUCAAAUUUCCCUUCAGGAAUAAUAACAAAUGGCAGCGAAAUGCAAGCAAAGGACAGGGACCUCAUGUGGCUCAGGUACCAUCCCAAAUACAAAGUCCAGUAACAUCUAGGAUCGGCUCUGGGAAAGGAGACGGGAAAAUGCCACUGCCAGAACGAGCAGCCAACAUCCCCCGAAGCAUCUCUAGUGAUGGGCGCCCACUGGAGAGCCGGAGGUAUGUGUCUGCUUCGCAAAUGGCUUUUCAUUGCUGCUCAGAAUCUUGUCUGGACAAAAGCACAACAGAUUUAUCUAAGUGUCUGAAGACUGCUUUUAAUCUUGGUUUUAAUUAA